ACCAGCACUCAGCUUCCGGGCAAAGGUGUUAAUCUUGAGCGUCCGACAUACCCUCCUGACCUUUGGGGUCCCAUCUCUCAGGAUGAUCCCCGAGGAACAGAAAGGACCAGAGAUGGCUGCCGGGAGGGGUCUCACUGGGUCAGAAACCCCUUUGCUGAACCUGGGCAAGAAGCUGAAAGUUCCCCAGGACUUGAUGAUGGAGGAGUUAUCACUAUGCAACAACAGAGGAUCUCUCCUCUUCCAAAAAAGACAGCGCCGCGUGCAGAAAUUCACCUUUGAGUAUGCAGCCAGACAGCAGGAGGUGAGUGAGGAAACGGAGUCCAGAGAGGGUCGGUGGUGGGAGCUCUUCAGGGUCUCCAUCGAGACAAGCGUUGCCAAUGGCCCUGAAGAGCAGAACUACGGGUCAGCGAUGCACAACUUUGCAGGGUCCCCUGGGGGCUCACAGUGGACAGCCCCUGUGGAGCCUGCCCACAGCCCCAGCGCCCUGGCACCAGGUUAUGCAGAGCCGCUGAAGGACAUCCCGCCCGAGAAGUUCAACCACACGGCCAUCCCGAAGGGCUACCACUGUCCGUGGCAGGACUCGGGUGGCUCCAGGCACUUCCACAGCCACCUUGGGAGUCUCACCCCACACCCUGCCAACUAUCGGAAUUUCAACAAGACCCCAGUGCCCUUUGGAGGACCCCUGGGGGGAGACACCGUUUCCAGGGCAGGCCCUCCUUCCAUCCUGGAGCUCACCAGUGGCUUGGAAUUACUCCGUCGCAGACCCAGCUUCAACAGAAUAGCUCAAGGCUGGGUCCGUAGCCUACCAGAGUCCGAGGAGCUAUAG